UGCAUUGUGGGAUUGGAAGUCACUCAAGUACUGAGCACUCAGUGAUUGCAGUAAAUACAGAGUUUGUCCAGAGAGCUGUUUGUUUUGACACAUUACUCCAAAUUUUGUGAUCGAUAUCCGGAGCCAUUGCCAUGAACGAGUCGAUAGCGAAGAAGACCCAGGAGACCCUGGGGAAAGUGAUUAAGAAACCACCGCUUACAGAAAAACUGCUGAGCAAACCGCCGUUUCGAUUCCUACAUGACAUCUUCACAGAGGUAAUAAGGACCACAGGUUUUAUGAAGGGGCUCUAUUCAGAAUUGGAGAUGAAGUCUGAAAAUGUUAAAGAUAAAGAAGCCAAGAUUGCAUUCCUCCAGAAAGCAAUAGAUGUGGUAAUAAUGGUGACAAGCGAGCCCCUGUCAGUGAAGCCAGGUCGUAUUGUAUCAGGACACGAGCCAGAGAAAACGAAUGAGCUUCUGCAAGCCAUGGGAAAGUGCUGCCUCGAUAAGCUUUCUAGUGAAGACGCUGUGCAGAGAGUCCUUGCCGGUGAGAAGCUAGACCUAAAAGGAAAGCAUCCCUCCACUUUGAAAUCUCAGGACAAGGAGAACCGGGAGAGCAAGGAGGAAGACAAGAAAAGGCACAAAGACAAAGAGGCGAUCAGAGACACUGACAUCAAAGAACGAAGCACAAGCAGAGAUCAAAAGGUUGAACAGCCAAAAGAAACAGAGGCCAAAAAGGCUGAGAAGGACAGACACAAGGACGACGAAAGGCAAGAGAAAGGAAGAGACCGUGAAAGGACGAAAGAGCGGGAUCGGGAGAAAGAGAAGAGUCGAGACAGAGACAAAGAGAAGGGCAGAGAAAAGGAGAAAGACCGGGAGAAGGGACAAGAGAGGGAGAGGGACAGGGAAAAAAUUAAGGAGCGCCCAAAGGAGCCUGAGGAAAAAGCAGAAGAACCAGAGGAGAAAGCAGAAAGGAAGUCUAAAGGCACUGAGGAGACACGACACCGAAAAGCGUCUCAGCUAACAAGGAAAAACAGCAAAACUGAAAAUGAUAAAGAGCCUGCAGAGGUUCCUGAAGCAGAGCAUGAGAGUCCUGCAAGAAUACCUCGGCCUUCCUCUGCAAAAGGACAAAGAAGACGCCCUAAACCUGGAGGGCAAGAUGAAUCUGACAGUGAUGGAGAGGCAGAAAUCCUUUCUUCAGACAAGUCCAUGCCAUUAGAGAAUGGUGAGGCUGUUGAUGCCAUGCCCACUCACAGGAGAAUACCAAGGCCAAGUAGUGCAAGGCCAGCACCGCCACGAGUCAAACGUCAAGAUAGUGCUGAAGUGCCAAGUGUAGAAAGGAUUGGUAGUGGAAAGCCUUUGACUGCUGUGAUCGUGGAUGGGAAAAAGGACUCUGACGACGAGGAUAAUGAUGAGCUUUUUGUUGUGGAGGAAGCAGCUCCACUUCUUCCAGACCUGCCCAAAAUGGAAAUGGAGUCGGAAGUGGAGCUGACCGAGGAUGACAAACAUGGUGGGCUGGUGAAGAAAAUUUUAGAAACAAAGAAAGAUUAUGAGGCUUUACAACCUUUAUCCAAGUCAAAAGACCAGGAUAAGACAAUUGUAUUGGAGGCAACAAAAAGAAAAGAGCGCGACUUAGUCUCCAGGGAGAUUGAAAAGCUGAGGUCCUCGAUCCAGACAGUGUGUCGUAGUGCCCUCCCGCUGGGGAAGAUCAUGGACUACAUUCAGGAGGACAUGGACUCCAUGAAGAAGGAGCUGCAGAUGUGGCGUAGCGAGAACGCAGAGCAUGCAGCAGCACUGCUCAAGGAGCAGAGAAUAACAGACAAUGCUGUGGAGCCCCUCAUAACUGGGCUGGUGGAGCUGGAACAGCUAAUCAAGGACCAGCAGGACAAAAUCUGUGCUGCAAAGGCUAACAUCUUAAAAAAUGAAGAUAAGAUUGAGAAAAUGGUCUCCAGUAUCAACUUCUCUUCCAGGACGUGAGAGCCCAAGGCAGAAAAGACUCAUCAUAUAUUAUUAAAAUGAUAAUAAAUAUACUUAAAGGCACUGAAAACAAGGGAAAUGCUAUUUUUAUAAAGUAUAAUGUAUUUUUAUAAUCCUUUGAUCAAAUUUAUUUAACAUGUGGAGAAAUCUAAAUGCAUUUUUUUUUUUUCUUCAGCUGUUGUGGGCUUUCCCACCCAAUCAAAAGUUUAACUUUCAUUCUUAACAUACUCAUGUCCCUGGUGCCUCAGUAUUCAGAGAAGACUGGAUAUUAAUUUUACAUUGUCAUAGAGUCCAUCAUGCAUGUGUCACAUCUAACCCCUGUAACAACAUCAGUUGGUUUGUCACUGAAAAGUCCUUUUAGAAAAUCACCUUGCUUAUUUCUUUGAUAGCAAAAUCACUGAUUUUACCAUUUGUAAAAUAAGAAUUAUUUUGUUUUAAAAAAGGUAAAGCAGAUGGAAACCAUAUAUCAUUCCAAUUAAAAUUUGAUUUGAUCUUUACAAUAAAGCACCGCAGGAAUAGAGAAUUCUUGGUAAGGACCCCCAUUUAUAUCUGAUCUUCUGAUAUUUGUGGUUUCAUUGCUGUGAAGUGACUGUAUAAAUUGAUUAGACUGUAGUAAGCCAGAGGACUUAUUCUAGAAAGACAAAUUUAACAACCCUAAAAUGUAUUGGCCUUUUUUAAUAUGUAGCAUGGAAUUGUGCAUUAACCCACAAACAGUGGCAACAUGCAGUAUUUUGCUGUGCCAUGUCUGAAAUAUUUGCUGUGCUGGCUGUGUGGUAGAGCAAUUAUUGAUAAACAAAUGAUGCCUGUUCCUAAAGUCUUUUUAUGUGCUGCAUAUUAAAAUUCUUCUCAACACUUUCAAAUAUAUUUCAGAACUGUUGUGUACAAAUCAUGUUUUGAAGUGAAUUAUGAAUGUAAAAAAGAACUCGGUUCCUUUAUGAUUU